AUGUAUUCCGACCGCCCUGUCGGGCGUCAUCCUUCUUUACCAGAGCACCUUAGUCGAUACCCCUCUAUCUCGCCACAAAACCUCCCGACUGAGCUUAUUCGGCGCACAUCUUCAGACGACGAUGGCAGAUCAGCAAAGCGACCUCGAGCAAGCAAGCCCAAAGUGAAGAGCGGGUGUAUUACAUGCAAGGCCCGUCGUGUAAAGUGUGACGAGUUGAAGCCUGCUUGUCUUCGCUGCCAGAAGUUCGGACGAGUAUGUGAUGGCUACCUCCCGGAGCCUUCGCAAUCCAGGGGACUUAUUCAACUGCAACCUCGCAUACCUUCGGUGACCCUGUACGGUCCAAAUACAGCUAUACAUACGACCGAGGAAGAAAGUCGAUACUUCCAGACGUUCUCUGAGCAUACGGCGUACGAACUUUCAGGCUACUUCGACUCAGCUUUCUGGACCCGCAUUGUUCUCCAAGAGAGUCAUAAUGUCCCAGCAAUUCGCCACGCUGUUGUUGCGUUGGGUGCACUUACCAAAAGUCUUGAGACUGCUCCGGGUCCUGGCUUGAAAGUGAAUGUCAUUCAAGCUACAAAUGCAAGACAUCAUGAACACGCUGUCCUUUCUCAUCUUAGAGCAAUCCAAGAGCUGAAUCAGUACAUAUCCUCCGAAAAGUCGCCACAGCUCCGCUAUGCUCUCAUCUCCUGUCUACUUUUUGUUUGCUUUGAGACUUUUCAAGGAAGCUACGCCUCGAGUGUCCAGCAGACAUAUGGAGGUCUUAAGAUACUCAGGAGCUACUACAUGGGCAGGCCAGGCUCUCGUCCCUGGAUCCCUCGCCGCACAAUACCAGAGUCAUCUAGACCUAGGGGGCAACCAAUUGCUGCCGCGAAAAUCUUACAAACUCGAGAAGGAUGUGACAACAUCUCAAAGGAGAGAUCAAUAGUUCGACACGUGGAAGAAUAUCUUGAGAAUGAAAACGCUCCGGACAUGGCUUCGGGGGGAAAGAUUGCAACAUACGACACAGAGCCACACAUUCUAAUGUCUCCCGUGUAUGCGGUCUACGAUCCUCGAGCGAAACAUGUUGAUAUUCCAGGCAUGAGGACUUCUGACUUUAGGAAAGACGAACACAGCGCUCAGGAUCACUACUCUAAUAAUCAAUCUUCGAGGUCUCGCUCCGCCGAGAGCCCAUCCUCCACCCAACAUCUCGCAAAGCAAUCGCAUAGACCGCAGCUUACACUGCAACAAGCAUCGUCGUCCACUGUAUCUAGUGUGGUUUCAACGCCUACGCCACAUACUCCGCUAUCAACAGGAGCACCUAGCCCCUCUCCCUCGUCAGCUUCUUCGACACAGGUCAUCUCGGCGAAUCGUAAACGACCACUGGCAUCUCGAAGUCCGACGCCUAACCCUCUCCAUAAUGACCUUACCAUCGAAGAGAUACUCAUCCAGUCUUUUGUUAGACUCGACGGCCAGGGUCUUUUCUUCGGUAUGACCCCAGGCAUACCACCACUGAUCUGGGAUAUUCAUAAAGUGUGGCAUCUUCCGAUACCUGCUUCAUUUCCUGACUUUCCUGCCGCUCAACAGUGCUGGGAUUUCCUCAUGGACAGAGCCCUACAAUUCUACCGACGCACGCUCUUCAAUCGAGCUUAUGCGCCUGCAGCCAGCGAUUCCCCAGAAAGAAUAACAAGCCAGUACACAGAAUACAUCCAACAACUCUCCGCUUUUGACAAAGCCUUCAAGCCGAUCUUAGACCAAGCAAUAGAUGCAGAAGGAACGGUAAAUAAUGCAUCGGCGCUCGUGCUGUCAUUGUACCAGAGAUGUACGCGGAUUAUCUUGGCUACAAUUCAGUCGGAUUCUGAAAUGCUCUAUGAUGCUUUCCUCCCGGAGUUUCAAUACAUUACACGAAUCUGUUCGCGCCUAGUAGCGUGCCAAGAUCCGCUUCAGCUGCCGAAGAACAGACGCUUCAGCUUCGAUACGGGUAUUAUCCCACCUCUUCAUGUGGUUGCGACUAAGUGUCGAGACCCGAUCGUUCGCCGCGAAGCGAUUGAGAUUCUCUUCUCAAGUCCAAGGCAGGAAGGGAUGUGGGAUGGAGUUUUGACCGCAAGGAUAGGACGAUGGAUAGCACAGUGCGAAGAAGAGGGUCUCCCACCUCCACCUAUACCGUCAGAGAAAGAGAACGGCCAACAAAAACAAGGCUCCAGAAGCCAAGAGAUGCAAUCGAGUUAUCCCAGUCCACCACACAUGGCAGGCGAAGGCUGGGAGAACGUGAGGAGAAUCUCCGAAGUGGUGAUGAGUGAAUAUAUAGGGCGGGGAAUCACUGAAUACGGACCCGCAGCCGAAGGUGGCAAGUUGUUGAACUCUGCUGGUAUCAGAGGACAGAUUGCGCCUAGGAAACAAAGCACGGCGGAAGAUAAACCGCCAGAAAGACCGAUGUCUAAGGACUGGAUUGUGCCAGAGGAAAAUCGACUCCAGUUAAUGGUGGUGGAUUUCCAUAUGCCGGAUCGGUACAUAAGGGUCAAGUGCCAGAGGGUACUUUUGAGCAAAGGCGGGACGAAAGUGGAGCGAGAAACAGUCAUUGCAUGGUGA